GGUCGCUGUAGCUGGAGCGCAGUUGUGAAGGCGGCCGUGGAUACGGACAGAAGGGGCGCGCAUAUGCUCUCUCAGCGCAGGAUCUCUGAGGAUUAUAGCCGCUGGAAAGGACCCUCGCUGUGCCUUUUGGAGGGACUAUUUCACUGUGGAUAUACUUGCAAUAAAGGAAUAAAAAGAGGGGAUUAGGAAAAGAACUGAGCAUCCAUAGUCAUGGAUGGCCUGAAGACAUACCUGGUCUGUGGUGUUAUCUUAGUGCUGAUGGUUUCAGCUAUGCCUGGACUGUCAUCACCAACCAUAUGGCCAAAGGAGCAAGAGCUGGAGCUGGAGCCCAAUUCCCUCAUCAAUAUCAGCUGCACGGGGGAAUCAGAAGUAGUUUGGGAAGACCCUCUGCCAGAUGGUGCCAUAGUUACCUCAAACGGUUUCACCGCAACCCUCCUAAUUUACAACGCAACUAUUAAUCACACCCGCUAUUACGACUGCAGACAUAAAAAGAACGAGGGCGACCUGAGCGAUUUGAAGGAAAUCUAUAUCCUUGUCAAAGAUCAUCAUAUCCUGUUUGUCCCAGAGGAACCAGAAAACCUGGUUGUUCCUCAUGAAGCAGAGGUGGUCAUUCCGUGCCGUGCAUCACAGCUGAGCCAUGCCGUGGAACUGAUUAGAGUCCCCAACAAUGAGAAGCUCCACAGGUUCUAUGACCACAGGAUGGGCUUUAUAGGAGAGCUCCCUCCUGGUCAAUAUCUGUGUGAGGCCACAUUGAAUGGCCAGACUUACCAAAGUUCCACCUACACUGUAAAAAAAGUGGAACCUCAGGAGGUAAACGACUUUGAGGUGGAAGUCAAAGCCAGCAAAGAGACAGUGAGAGUCAGACAGCCCUUUAACGUCUCCUGCAUCAGCCCCUUUGGCCCAGCCUUUCACCAGCAGUGGAUCCAUCUGAAAACACAGGCUGUUGAUGCAAUUCAGAAGAAGCAAACUCUUCCUGACCGGGUCAUCUAUACUCUGAUUAUCCCACGAGCCACCCCUCAGGACAGCGGCAGCUAUGAGUGCUCGGUCAGGCACGAGGCCAGUGGAAAAACCAGAGUGAACAGCGUGGCUGUAACUGUGUUUGAGGAGAACUCCUUUGUCACUUUGGACCACAGAGGGAUUCUACAGAUGGAAACUGUCAGCAUUUUAGCGGAGACCCAGUUCACCAUCUAUAUUAAUGCAUACCCAGCCCCUAAAGUGUCAUGGAUGAAAGACGGCCAAGCAAUAUCAGAGAGAUAUUACAUUUUCACCAAAACUAGCCACAUAGAAGAGAAUCGGUAUCAGAGCAUUUUGACAUUCCAACAACCUCUGGAGAAAGACAGUGGAAAUUACACAAUAACAGCCAUAAGUGGAUCUCACACAGCUCAUUUCUCAUUUAUCCUUCGAACGACAGCUUCCACUGGACUCCAUAUCAGACCAUCCACUGUGCCCAUUCUGCUACCAGACAAGGAUGAGAUGGUUGUCCCUCUCCACGCUCCUUUUACUCUAACAUGUCAUGGAGAUGCAAAACUUCAAUGGGAAACACCAUUUCCUGGGUCAGAGCACUCACAGGAAGACAACAGCGGCCUUUUUGUCACCACCAUGAGAGUGGAUGAAGCGACCGUAAUGCACAGUGGUUACUACAGUUGCCUCUAUGGUAGCAACAUCACAGAUGAAACCAAGAGCAGCAGCAUUUACAUCUAUGUACCAGAUCCUGACUCUCCCUACAUUCCAUUUUUCGUGAACCAUGUGCUGGUUGACCGAAAUGAAAUUGAGAUUCCAUGUAGGGUGUCUGAUCCCAGUGCUAGCGUGACACUAGUGAAUGUUGACACAAACCAAACUGUACCUAGUGACUAUGACAGUAAGAGGGGUGCUUUGGGAAUAUUUCCUACUGGAACUUAUGUCUGCAAGGCCAUCAUAAAUGGAGAGGAGCACACCAGUGAACAAUACAUCGUCCAUGAUUCAAUAGAUAUCUUACAAGUUGAGCUGUCUGCCAAAAGAACUGCUCUGCUGGUUGGAGACACAAUAACUGUCAACUGCCUGGCCCAAGGACCUUACUUAUUGGAAGAUAACUGGAAAUACCCUGGCAAACCGGCUAAUCGUGGUACCAUAACUGUAUUGGAAAAUAGGAAAGAUAGAGAGAUCCUGUACACCCUGACAAUCCCACAAGCCUCAACCAAAGACAGCGGCAUCUACUCUUGUUCCAUCACUGCCGUAGCAUCUACAGACACCCAGACAAAGGAAAUAGCUAUUCAAGUGUUUGCCGGUGAGUUUUUGUCCAUUAAGCCGGAAUUCAGGGACCAUGAAUCUGCAGAACUGGAUGACAUUCGUGAGUUCACUGCUACAAUUUCCUCCUUUCCUGAUGCCCAUGUUACUUGGCUCAAGGAUGGCGUCCCACUCAGCGAUGUGACCGCUGAGAUCUCCACUAGUCUGCGACAGAUCAGUGAGACCAGCUAUGUGAGUGUUCUCACCUUGAUCCGAGUGAGGGAGGAUGACAGUGGAAACUAUACCAUGAGAGUGGAAAAUGGAAACCAAAGCCAUGAAGUCAGCUUAAACCUGGUGGUUAAAGUGCCUGCAGUCAUUGUGGACCUUAUGGACCUCCACCACGGUUCGGCCACAGGACAGUCUGCAGUGUGCAUUACAAGGGGGCAGCCAACUCCAGUUGUGGAGUGGUUCAUAUGCAAGAACAUCAAAAAAUGCGCCAAUGACACGUCUUCUUGGGCACCCCUACCCACCAACUCCACAGAGAUCACGAUGGAGGCUCACUUUGAUGAGGAGAGCAACCUGGAGAGCCAGGUCAUGUUUGGUCAUCUGGAAAACACUCUGGCAGUGCGAUGCCUUGCCAAGAAUGAAAUGGGUGCUGUUACCAGGGAAAUCAAAUUGGUAUCCAAUGGCCCUCACCCUGAGCUGACGGUAGCUGCUGCUGUACUGGUGCUCCUGGUCAUUGUCAUCAUCUCACUCAUUGUCUUGGUUGUUAUCUGGAAGCAGAAACCACGGUAUGAGAUUCGCUGGAGGGUCAUAGAGUCCGUGAGUCCAGACGGCCAUGAGUACAUCUAUGUGGAUCCCAUGCAGCUUCCAUACGACACCAGAUGGGAAUUCCCCCGAGACAGACUUGUGCUUGGUCGGAUCCUGGGCUCUGGAGCCUUUGGGAAGGUGGUUGAGGGCACCGCCUAUGGACUCAGCUGCUCUCAGCCUGUUAUGAAGGUGGCAGUGAAAAUGCUAAAACCCACAGCACGUUCCAGUGAAAAGCAGGCUCUGAUGUCUGAACUGAAGAUCAUGACACACCUCGGACCCCAUCUCAACAUUGUAAACCUCCUGGGAGCAUGCACCAAGUCAGGCCCUAUCUACAUUAUCACUGAGUAUUGCUUCCACGGCGACCUGGUCAACUAUCUGCACAAGAACAGGGAGAGCUUCCUGAGCCUGAGUCCAGAGAAAAACAAGAAGGAGCUGGAUAUCUUUGGGAUCAAUCCUUCAGACGAGAACAGCAGGAGUUAUGUGAUCCUGUCCUUUGAGUGUAAAGGAGACUAUAUGGAUAUGAAGCAGGUGGACAACACUCAGUAUGUACCCAUGCUGGAGAUGAGCAUUCAGGAAUCUAACUACGACCACCCUUCAUCACAGAAAGAAUUUGAUAUGGACAACCUGCCGUCAGAUGACACGAGUGAAGGCCUCACCACUACCGACCUGCUUAGCUUUACCUACCAGGUGGCCAAAGGAAUGGAGUUUCUUGCUUCGAAAAAUUGCGUGCAUCGGGACCUUGCAGCUAGGAAUGUCCUGCUGUCCCAGGGCAAAAUUGUUAAGAUUUGUGACUUUGGGCUGGCCAGAGACAUCAUGCAUGACAACAACUACGUCUCCAAAGGAAGCACCUUUUUGCCAGUGAAGUGGAUGGCACCGGAAAGUAUUUUUGACAACUUGUACACCAGUCUUAGUGAUGUUUGGUCUUACGGAAUCCUCCUCUGGGAGAUAUUUACCCUUGGUGGCACACCGUACCCUGGGAUGGUGGUAGACUCCAGCUUCUACAACAAGAUCAAGAGUGGAUACAGGAUGUCAAAACCUGAACAUGCUCCUCAAGAGGUGUAUGAGAUGAUGAUGAAGUGCUGGAACAGUGAGCCAGAGAAGAGGCCUUCCUUCAUGGGCCUGAGUGAAACUGUGGCGUCUUUACUGCCCUUCAGCUACAAGAGACAUUAUGAGAAGGUGAACCAUGAGUUUUUGAAGAGCGACCACCCCGCCGUUACUCGAGUAUGCGUGGAAACUGACGCAGACUACGUCGACAUUCCGUAUAAGAACCAGGGAAAGCUAAAGGACAGGGAAAGCGGCUUCGAUGAGCAGCGGCUGAGCUCAGACAGCGGCUACAUUAUUCCACUCCCUGACCUGGAUCCUAGAUCUGAUGAUGACUAUGGAAAGAGGAACAGACACAGCUCUCAAACGUCUGAGGAGAGCGCCAUCGAGACUGGCUCCAGCAGCUCCACUUAUGCUAAACGUGAGGGUGAGACCCUGGAGGACAUAACACUGCUGGAUGAGAUGUGUCUGGAUUGUGGUGACCUGGUGGAGGACAGCUUUCUGUGACAGUUGCUCAGCCUCAGCAGAAUUAGCACAGGGCAGAGCUGCAUGGGCAUGGGACACUUGAGUGAGACCUGUAAAUCAGCCAAAGACUCUGGCCAUGCCAUUUGUUCUAAAUGGACAGAACAAAACCACUUCACAGUCUCGGCAAGUCUGAGGUGACGUAAGAUACACCCAUCACUUCUGCGUGGACAAAGACCCUUUUUGGGAUAGAGAGGUGGAUGAGCAUUAAUGAAAACAUGACUGAAAGAAAGGAUUCCAAGAGGGAGCAAGCCUUUAUGUUGGACCUAUCCAGAUCAAACAAAUCAGAAAACAAUAUCUUCAAUUUGAAAAGCUUUAUUGUGUUGGGCAUUCUUUUACCUGCAGUAUAAGCAAGAAGGAACAAAUCAAAUUUGUUGGUUAGAAACUUCACAUGACUCCUACAGCAUACCACUACAAUGCACUAUUAUUACUAUAUAAUUCCAAUACCAGGAACUGUAUUUUGAGGAAGGAGGACCUGUUACAAGGGAAGUACCUGAUGCUGGCACAAUCAGUAACAAUACUUUGAGUUUAAGCACAUUUGGACUGAGUCAGUCUUUUUCUCUGUGACUAUAUAAUGUUCUCAAAUUGCAAAUUACAUGCAGUAGCUCAAAUUUAUUUUUUUACGUCAUCGAUAUAAGAUGUAUCAUUGUGAAAUGAAUUAUUAGUAACAGAUCGCUGCUGUCUGAGUGGGUGUGAUAAGAGCUUCUGAGUUGCAUUAGUCUGAGCUUGCCUCUCCGUUUUUGCCCCAAACACAAAAUGAUCUUCAGCUUUAUUCCAGAUAAAGACUUAGCUCAUAUUUUACAUGUAGGCCCUUUUCAAAUAAGGCGUUAUUGUAAUGUAAAUAGCUCCGGAGUUGUUUUAUAAGAGAGAAUUAAUGGGGUAAUACUCAAGUAAUGUAUGUGAGUACACAAUAAGCUUCCUCAUCUGUAUUUGCUCCUAUGAAGACACUGCUUUUUAAAAAUAGAUUUGAAAGCCCAUUGAACAACAUUGGAACAUCACAAUGAAAUAUUUGUGGAUUAGAACUAGGCAUGGGCUGGUUUAAGAUUCAUGUAUAGAGUAAAGUCAGGAAAAAAAGAGUGAUGGAUGGAGCUUCUUCACUUUUUACACCAUUAAUUAUUUCUUAAACAGCUACAUUUGGUCUUUUUUGUAAGUCAGGGGAACGUGUAGUAGCCUUCCUUCAGCCUGCUAACCGGCAGUGUGCAGCAACAGGUGGGGUAGCAGCAGUGCUGCAUUAGUUAAUGCUCCACACAGCUGAAGCACGCUUUGAUUGCUAACUGGAAGGAUUUUAACUUGUCGAAAUAAUUUUAUGGAAAGUUUUAGCCUUGAUAUGAAUAACCAGCCCAUGCCUUUUUAGAACAUGGCUUGAAAAAGAACUACCCACAUUUUGUCUUAAACAGACGGAUUGAAGUAUCAGUGCAAGACCUGGCACCUACAUCUGUGGGAACUAUAAAAUAACAUGGAUUAAGGUCAACCUAGCCUCUGAACAGGCAUGUAACGGUCAAAGACCUUAUAUUAUGUGGCAUGUUGGGUUUCCCCCGUCUCAACUUUUUGACUUCUAGCAGCUUCUAGCCAUAAUGAGACAUUACUAUUAAGCGAAGUUUUCUUGCUGAUGUGUUGUGGUACAUUUUUUACAUAUACCCACGUGUUACCCUACUAUCAUCUUUUCUCUUUAGCACCUGUACCUCUGCCUCCUCCCACAGACUGUGAUAUUAACUAUAAUCAUUGUUGCACUUUGCUUUUUCUCCCAUGUGUCUUAAAUGUUGCAGAUAAAUACGCAGGUGGAGCCUAAAUACUGUAUUCGUCCUUGGCCUUAGAUGUUUAAAGCAGUGUGGAUGUGAGUGUUUGUCAGUAAUGUGUUGAUGAUGGUACUCUUAUCUGUAGUCAAAAAUGAUCACACCCAUUAAGAUGUUUUUUUAAUACUAUGCCUCAUUAUUUGACGUCAUGUACAUUCAGAUGAUUUAUAUUUCAAUAAAUGGUUUAUAAUGUAAACAAA